GUGCCGCCGCCGCCGCGGCGGCCUUCGUGGCCUGCCGCAGCGGCCGCGGCCGCGGCCGCGCCGCCCACUGCUCAGCCGCCGCGGUGCAGGAGCGGGUGCGGCAGGAGCGGGCCAGGCAGUACCACCUGCUCCUCCUGAACGAUCCGGUCAACAAGCGAGAGUACGUGUCGAGGUGCUUGAUGCUGGUCUGCUCUCUGGCCGAGAGGGAUGCCUACAGGACGAUGAUGACCGCUCACACCGAAGGCUCAGCCGUCGUUGGCACCUACAGCUUCGAACUGGCAGAUCUGUAUUGUGGUUCUCUAAAGGAGAAGAACAUCAGUGCCGACAUAAUCCCAGUCGACGACGGGGAUUGA